AUGACCGCGAUACAUAAUGAAGUAAUCUCGGUGCGCUCUCGAGACAAGUAUGAGGAGAUCCAGAGCCUUGAGCAUCGUCCCACGACAUCCGAGCAAUAUCCAAGUGCCAAGUAUGGCCCGCUGAAUGCAGCGAUCGCCCGCUACACCUCCUACCAACAGGGACAAUCAAAUGGCCAACGCCGACCUCGGUGUUUCGUCAAGUGUAAAAGUGUGGAUACCCUGGACUGCAAGCCGGCGCCGGCGCUGCCUCCGCGGCGCAGUUGGCAGCAGCCGACGACAUCCUUCGCAGCCAUCAACGCGCUAGGCGUUGCGAGCGGCAGCGGCGGCGGCAACGGCGCCUCGCAACCUCCUCGGCCUAGUUCUAAUAGUUCUGGUAGUGCUUUAAGUGACGACUUUGUGGAUUGUGCCCGGCUGCAGGAGCAGGAGAAGUUUGCCAAAGCCGCUGCCGCUUGCCGCGACGCGACGAAUCGUCUGCUGCUCUCGCCGAGCUUUCAGCUCACGCCGCCCAGCUACCCCGCGCCUCCGCGGCCUCCCAGUCGAAACGGUGGGGAUGAAGCUCGCUGUGCGAGGGUGGGAGGAAGCGGUUGCGGAGAACCUAGUGGCACCCUUGCUCAUGGAAGCCCUUUGCCGCGAGCGCUACCACCUCGCGCCGGCGCAGUAUCAGCAGCAGCAACAGGCUGGCCCUUGCAGCCAUCCCUGUUCGACACAGCAGCCAGUACGACGAAUCCACAGAAGAAUCAGCAAGAGCAGCAGCAACAGCAGCAACAGGCAUCACCGGGUCGCCCGGUUGCACAACAAUGGGCUAGCCAGCAUCAGCAGAGUCAUCGAUUUAGAAAUAGCAACGUCCUGCAGAAGAGUUCACAAGAGCAAAGGAGAUUCGCGACCACGACCGCCAAGAACGCGCCCCGGCCCCCAGCCGUCCCACAGCGCAACAGCGAGUGGCACUGGCUCGUGGCCCCGACGACACUAGCACCCCCCGUGCCCAUCGUAGUCAGCCCCAGCAGCAGCCAUCUCAUGUCGCAGAAUGAGCCGGCCGCGCGGCCGCCCUCCACGACCCCCGCCAGCUCUGGAGUGGCCGCCGCCGCCGCCACCACCACCAACAGUACGCAACAGUCUCCGGUUCUUCGGCAUACGAGGCCGUUGCCGCCACCCCGGCCGGAGGGCCCGAUCGCCCCCGCCGUGGCGCUUUCCACGCCAUCGACACCGUCGCCGACACCCCUACGACCGGCCAGCUCGUUUCGCAUGGCUGGUCGCGCUGUCCCGGUGAGACUGGAGAGUAGUAGCACGCCCCCACCGAGUCGAAGCAGCAACCCCGAGCAGCAGCAGCAGCAGCAGGUGACGGUGAGCCUGCAAGCACCGAGACCCGAUGGAGAGCGAGUGACCAACGAGUACGUCGAGACGCCGUUCCGAGCCGGCCAACAGCAACAGAGCCGCAGCGACGAGCUGCUCGACGGAACGUCGCUGAAGAAAGAGGGCUCGGGCCCCGUGGCCACGCACAAGGCCCUACGGGGCUGCCUGUCGAAGGGCAGCAGCCAGCACGAGAGGCGAGGCCAGGCCCCGAGAGACGCCAAGAGCGGCAACGGCCUGCUACUGUUGACGCGCAAUCAGCGAGGAGGAGGAGGAGGAGGAGGAGGACGAGCGACCGCCAGCAGAGACAUAGAGCAGCUGGAGCAGUCGAGCCUACGGGCCAGCCAGCGGCUACAGGCUUCGAGCGCCAUCACGAAGCAGCCGGUCUCGUUCACGAAGGAGCCGCUCGGCGGCUCGAGGCAGGACGCCAACAGCGCCAGCCUGUCGAUCAUGUGCGAGCGAUGCGGCAAGUGCCGCUGCGAGUCGUGCAGGGAGCCGCCGCCGCUGCCCUCGCGCUGGCUCUGCGACAACGCCUGCCUCUGCUCGGCCGAGACGGUCCUCGACUACGCCAGCUGCCUGUGCUGCGUCAAGGGCCUGUUCUAUCACUGCGCCGACGGCGGCCUCGGGCCCGGGCCCGGCUCCGACAGCCUCGACGAGUCGAGCGAGCUCGCCGGCAACUGCGCCGACGAGCCGUGCUCCUGCGCCGGCCCCAGGUCCGCCGCCAGGUGGAGCUGCCUCGGCGCCCUGGCCCUCUUUCUGCCCUGCCUCCUGUGCUACUGGCCGCUGCGCGGCUGCGUCGCCCUCUGCGAGGCCUGCUACGCCAAGCACGCGACCCAGGGCUGCCGCUGCGAUCCCCGCAGUCUCAGGCCGCUGCAGACCAACGCUCGGCACCUGAGCUCGUCCUUGGCCGCGGCUCCCAUCAGCACGGUCAUGUCGGCCGCCGACACGGCCCGCGACCCCGAGAAGAGGCUGCUCGAGCCAAGCUUGCCCGACCUCUAACCGUCGUCCUUACCCUCCGACGGCUUGCCAAUGAGACUGAUUCGCAUACUAGUGUCGCUGUUGCCUUCGAAUUUGCCAAAGGAAGCUCGUCCAACGCGCUAACGCGACAUACGUACUUUGCUCGCACGCACGCACGCACGCACACAGACAGGGCGUACGCGCACCCACAGAGAAAGAGAGAAGAAAUAGCAUGUUUGUGCAUCGCCGUAGCCAGCACUACACCACUACAUGGCCGCGAGUGCGAUGAACUCGCUCACGCUCAGUGACGAGGACGAAGCGAGGCCGUCCAAGGCAACAAGAAGAACAAGCAGAAGAAGAAGAAGAAGAAGAAGAACGCGCCAACGCAAGGGAGGCUCGUUGGGCUCGCUCGCGCUCGCAGUCGCUAUCGCAAGCAAACUCUGCUGUUGAGCCUAGCACUGUAGAGCCUCUCGCUCACAGACAGACGCAACUCUGCACUCCAACUUCUGCUUCUACUACGAGUAUAAGCAAGCCAGCAAGAGUAAGAGACUGAGAGAGCAAGUGUAAGAGAGAAAGAAGCAAAGAGACUAAGACUGAGGCGACCAAGACCUCUCUCCGCAUUGCGCGUUUGCGCUUAUAAGAGUUGUAUGUGCAUAAAUUCGCAAACGUGUGUGUGCUUCGUGUCGCACUGUAUGCACGCUUAUGCAUAUGUGUACACUACUCUCUUUAUCGUCGUCGUCUACUCUUCCAGCAGUAUGCUGAUUCCCUCUUUGGAUUUUUCUCUCUCUCUCUCCCCUCUCUGUUUUAGCCUUUAGAGUGUAGAAAAAGAAAGAAAGAAUUUGGCAGGGCUGCGCGACCAAGACCAAGGGCCGCCGAAAGGAGAAAAAGAAAAAAAAGAAAAACACGUAUGCAUUGCAUUAGUACAAGAGUUGCAUUUAACGUGUUUGCUGUGUGAGUGUAAGUAAGUGUGAACUCGAGCGUUUGUGUGACGAACUGCAUACAUGCAGCAAAACAGAACCCAGAUGUAGUCAGAUGUACACGCAUAAACACAGGAUACGGAACAUUAAGUAUGUUUUAUUCGUCGAUAUUUUUGUUACGAUUGUUUUAUAUACGCAUCGUCCGAGUAGAAUACUCCAAAUUAAUGAAAUUAAAAUCAAUGUGAAAUGAGGCAAAAAUGUAUCGAGUGCUAUAAUGCUCGGCUUUUCUUUGAGAACAAGCCUCAAUUGCCAAACGAGAGAAUGCUGUGUAACUUACGUAUCAACGAAACAGUGAUGAACACAAUCGUGUGAUCCGAUCGAUUCUUAAUCGUUCUUUGCGUUCUCUACUAUGUGCAAAUAUCGACUGAAUGUGAGAAUGAGCAAAUGGGAGAAAAAUGGAAAACAGCAAAAUUAUUACGUAUAUAAUUUUAACAAUACUCCAACAAAUCCAUCUUAGUAGCACGAUCACGACAAAUAAUGCGCGAGACGUCUAAGCUUUGGCACAGUAUAGAUAGCUCUAUAUACAUUAUAAAUAUAAAAAUAAUUUUUAUUACAUUGACAAUAAAUGAUGAAACUAAAAUAUUUAUUGUAUAAUACGUUUGUAUAAAGCAGAAUUUUUUACGAUUAAUUUAUUCGUGGGCGUAUCGCGGGUAUAUAAUUAAUAUAUUUACACAACAAAACGCAACGAAAAAAAUAACAAAAUAUUUCCAAUAAUACAUACACGUAUAUAUUGUACAUUCAUACGUGUCUGUGUGUAUAUACGCAUAUAUAAUAAUGUAGAAAUGCGAGCAAAGAAAGUGAGAACGCCUUUUUGAACAAUUUUUUAAACUAUCGUUUUGGUAUACAAUUAUAUAAGUAUAUGUAAAAAAACGAGCCGAGAACCGAAUCCGAAGUUUUCCUCGAGGGAGUAUAAUACUUUAUUACUACUAUAAACCGCUGAAACAACUAUUAUUAUAACUAUUAUUACUAUUAUUAUUAUCAUUAUUAUUAUGAUUAUUUU